AUGGGUGUCGUCAAUAGCAAACCCGGCGAGGGAGAAGGCCUGUUUCUACGAGACCAGAACAGAUUCUCCGUUGCUGCCCUUUCUAUUACCAAUAACCGUAACCGAACGUUUUUGAAUAUAUCCCCGAAUUCCUUUCCCGCCUCGAGGUACAGCGCUCGGAGAGACGCUGGCGAUGAUGCUGUGAUCGAGUAUAUCCAGGACCCCGAAUCCGUAUCCUCGGGUGGACCACCUUCCUUCCUCAUACGCCUGUCGAACGACGAGGAGCUAAUAUUCAAUUUCACAUUCAUACUUCGACAAGCUCAAGUACCGCCAAGUAUAUAUAAUGUCAAUAAUGCAUCUUCCAUUACCCCGACCGCUCUCGCCGAUACAAACAUCAACGGGUUGACCUUCAUCUUUGCGUCCAGCUCGAAGGAGUUAGAGAACCUCGUCACCAGAGAAUUCCAUGCAAAUCCAAAUCUUCACAAAAACCCGCAAGUCGACCUAGUCGGCGACUAUUCCACAGGGGGGAGCCCCUCGGUCCAAUUCCAGUGGUCGUGGAAAUGGACUCCACCCAAGACCGAAGAUCGAGGUGGUGGUUGGCGUACAAGCUGCAGUUUCGUCGAGUACGAUCAACGCGCGCACAGGCUCGAGACACUUGCCAAUUUUUCGUUCUGGGUGCAAAAUUCACAACGUGCUCUGCAAAGCCCGAAGUCGCCAUCCCCGCGCAUGGAGCUCGGCGCCCCUCCCAAACUUCCACCCCGACUGAGAGUUCCCUCAUCGCAAUCGAUCGAAUCUCGAGUAAGUGAUUCGGGCGAAGAUCUCAAAGAGCCUACCGAAUAUGUUCCCCCUAAGUCACCCAUAAUCGAAUCGAUACCUGAAUAUGGCCUGGGACUGUCGACCAGCGCACCAUCUGCACCCAGCGUAAGUAGCCAAGCUACAACGUUGGCGGGUAACGCGGUCAAGGUUGAUCUCGGCUGCCCACGCCCAGGAGAAGAUCUCAGUCAAACCGAAGAUGGGCCCUUGUUCCGAGCGACAAUGAAGUCGCUGGAGCAGAGAACGGGCAAUAUGCGAGCUAAGUGGAAGAAGGUCCUGAAGCGAGCAGAAGCUGCAUUGGAAGCCCAAGUCAGCUGCAAUAAUGCCAUGUCUGACCUCAUGGAAUCCUUACGAGAGGCAUCUUCCUCAAACGCAAAUGCGGUGCAACCAGCCAUCGACCAUUAUUUCGACAGGAUUGCCAAAGAGAUUCUGAUAUAUGAGCGAUCCAAUACCACGAACAUUCAGAAGUUAAUUAUUGAUCCUAUCGCCAAACUAUACAACAUUGAUAUCAAACAGGCGGAAACCAAGAGGAAGGAUUUUGAAGAGGAGAGCAAAGAGUACUAUCAAUAUGUUGGGAAAUAUCUAGGUCAAAGGCAGGACUCGCUCAAAGAAAAGAAGCGGGCUGAGACGGAUAUCAAGUACCAAAGCAAACGACGCAACUUCGAACUCAAGCGCUUCGAUUACUCUUCCUUCAUGCAAGACCUCCAUGGUGGCCGGAAAGACCAGGAGGUGCUAUCGAAUCUUACUAAAUAUGCCGACGCGCAAGCACAGAAGUAUCUCGAUACUGCCAGGAGGAUCGAGACUAUGAUACCACAACUCGAGGCCUUGAGCUUCGGGGUCAAGGAAGCGGACAAGGAAUUCCAGCUUCAAAGAACCGAGAGGGAGACGAAGAGACGCCUGUUAGAAAAGAGCAAGACUCCCUAUGAUGAGCCUCCCCCAUCGCAAAUUUUACCUACCACACCAUCCAACGGAAGCAUACCUCGGGCGCCGCCAUCCUCGGAUUCAGAACUUCCUGGACGCAAAUCAAGCAUUGCACCGAUCUUUCAAAGUGCAGUAAACCCACCAGCGGCUACCUCGCUGGCCAGCAUACCGUCCUCAAUUGGCACACCGCAGAGUCCAGAAGCGAGUCAAUCGAAUUUGCCGGUGGGCAGCCCUCAACCCAGCAAGUUCAAGGGCAUCCGAGAUCUUGAAGAUAAGGACCACACGCUAGGCAUAGGCCUGGAACCCGGCUCUGCGACUCAUCGCAAAGAAGGGCUUCUGUGGGCGCUUAGUAGGCCAGGAAGUCAUGCUGACCCUAAAGGCUUAAAUAAGCAAGCAUGGCACAAAUUCUGGAUCGUUCUGGAUCAAGGAAAGCUCUCCGAAUACACCAACUGGAAGCAAAAGCUCGACCUACAUAUGGACCCGAUUGACUUGCGCGUUGCGUCUGUUCGCGAAGCUCGCAAUGCAGAACGCCGGUUCUGCUUCGAAGUUAUAACUCCUCACUAUACGAGGGUCUAUCAAGCUACAUCUGAAGAAGACAUGAAAACCUGGAUUGCAGCAAUCAACAACGCCCUCCAGAGUGCCGUGGAAACGGUCGGAAAGAAUGACCGCAUUUCCACAGACUCUCUGCCUGGUUCCACGAGGCGAGAUAUAGCUUCAGUUCUAACAGGCAAAAGUACAUCGGUCUCUGGAAUUCACCGUAACACUUAUAGCUCUAAGACUCCAACUAGACACGCUACUGUUGGCGACAGGCCUACCUAUCGCAGGGAUGAACCUAGCGACGAUGGCAGGCUUCUUCAGCAAGUUCGCGAUUGUGAUGCUGGGAACAAAGUGUGUGCGGAUUGUGGAUCUGAAAGUAAGGUUGACUGGGUCUCAAUCAAUCUUGGUAUCGUCAUCUGCAUUGAAUGCAGUGGCAUCCAUCGAUCCCUAGGAACUCAUAUCUCAAAAGUGCGAUCUCUGACGCUCGACACCACUUCCUUCACACCAGACAUCGUGGAGAUAUUGCUCAAAGUCGGCAACCGGGUCAGCAAUAUGAUAUGGGAAGCGAAGAUGGACAAAGCCCUCAAGCCCGGUCCAGCCUCAACCCGCGAGCAAAGACUGCAUUUCAUUACCUCAAAGUACGGUGAUCGUGCUUUCGUGGCCCCAAUCUCCCCGACUUUAUCGCAUUACGCAACUGCUGAGGAAACACUUUUGGCGUCCAUCAAGAAGAACGAUAUCCAAAAUGUGUUAUAUGCUCUAGCGCUUGGAGCAGAUCCAAAUUCAAAGGAUCGAUCACGAGGAACACAUGCUGUAUUUUUGGCUCUUGCUGCCGCCGACCCUGCCUCUCCUUCGGCUUCCGCAUCCCCUGCAGCUUCUCCCGGACACCGGCCUAGUACACCCCAACCUUCUCGUAAGCCAUUUCCUGUAGCAGAAUUGCUUCUUCAAAAUGGUGCCGACCUACCCACAUUACCAGCGCCAAUACCCUUAAGCUCAUCAGCUCGUUUGUAUCUGGAGCACAAGGCCGACCAGCGUGCAGGAAAACGAAGUACAGCUGUCGGUGGUGGCCAGCCGCACCACGGUGAUACCUUAACCGCACUACCCCACAUUUCUGCUGGCAAUGGUAGCACACCAGCUGAACGUGCAAAGGAACGUGAAGCCAGAUUGCAGAAGAGAGUCAGUGCAGGUGGAAGGUUGGUCAAGUCACCUUACGCCGAUAGCCCUGAGUCUAGGCGAGCACUAUAG